CACCUCGCCUGUACCAAGACAUGGGGACGAACGCGUGGUGUAUCGUUCUGUGCGUAUGUGCGAGCGCUUCUGCGGUCCGCCUGGGCAACAUCUCCACCACACCCCUCAUCAGCAGUGGACUACCGAAGAAGCUGAUCAAAUCUCUCUUCUCCAUGCACCCCCCAUUCGCCCCGGUGGACAGCAACAAUAGCCUGUGCAGAGAGCACAGCCGGAUAUAUCUAGAAGACCUUGAGGAGUUUGAAAUGUGGGCCCUGAAAAUGUUUGACUCGAACGCCAAACUUCCGUCAGGGCUGUUAAACGGCAAUGUUAACCAGUUGGGUGACUUUGAUCAGUGCCUGGGAGUGCAACAGCCUCGGGGAGCUAUCCGGGGACAAUACUGCCUGGCCUUCAUAGAGGUGAAGCUAAAACCAGGCGCGAACGAGGCUCUGAACGCUGUCCACGGGUUCGCCCACUCACACUAUGCCUUCCGCAGCAACCUGGAGGAUCCAGGACACCGGGUACCACGGUUCUCCACAGUAAACUGGGCCUUGUGUGUUCCUGCAUCAUGCCCGGCCCAGGACAUCGAGCUAGCUCUUGCCUCCAGUGUGGACCGAUAUUUAAGUUCUUCCAGUCUGGAAAUCAGGGUACAUGUUGACCCGGACAUGUGCCAAGUUCGUCACGACUCCAUCAUUCCACCACCUGCUUCGCUCAUGGCAAUAGGAUUUUUCCUCGCAGUGAUGGGCGUCAUCGCCACAGCCACCAUCACUGACUACAUGGUCCCUGACAAGCGGCAUGCCACAAGAGCGAUGGAGGUGCUGCUGGCAUUCUCGCUGGUGACCAACAGUCGCAAGUUGCUGAGUAUGGCACAGUCUCCUGAUGACAUCCACAGUGUCCACGGCAUCCGGGCUCUCAACGCCAUCAUGCUUCUCAUGUCCCACAAGUCCAUGGCUCUCUUCUUUCAUCCGUACAUCAACCGGACCACCAUGACUGAGGCUUUGGGAAAGCCAUGGACAGUCAUCGCACGAGCUGCUAGCCUGUAUACUGAUCCCUUCAUCAUGAUGAGUGGACUCCUGACUACAUACAGCCUGCUGCGUCACUUGUCCCGAGACCAAUCCAUCAACAUCAAGAACGAGUACAUCUCUCGUGUCCUCAGGUUAGUGCCAACUCUGGGAGCUCUGAUCCUGUUCUGUACAUUUGUCCUGCCGAUCCUAGGCUCAGGACCUCAGUGGAACCUCGUUGUAAGGCAUCAUGCCGAAGUCUGCAAGACCAGCUGGUGGAGGAACCUGCUUUUCAUCCAUAACUACUUUGGCUUCAAAAACAUGUGUUUAACACACACACACCACAUCGGGAUCGACACACAGUUGUUUGCGUUGUCACCCCUUCUGGUCUGGGGCAUCUGGAAAUGGCCGAAGCCUGGCCUCUUCGCCCUCUUCCUUCUGGCUGCUGCCUCCACUGGCCUUCGCUUCUAUGCUACUUACGUUCGGCAACUGAACUUAUUUGUGUACUUCGGUAAUCCAGUCUCGCAAAUGUUCGAAACCGCAGAUUACUCGUAUAUUCUACCCAGCCAUCGGUUUACAGUUUACGCCAUGGGAGUCAGCCUUGGCUAUGGGCUCUGGCACUGGGGCAAGGAAUUCAAACUGAAAACUAGCCAAUUGACCCUAGGAUGGUUCAUAGCAAUCUGCAUGCUUUACCAGUCCAUGGUUAGUCCAGCGAAGAUGGGCGACCGUGCAUACAUCUACAAUAGGCUAGAUGCUGCCAACUACGCAGCUUUCGCACCCAUCACAUGGUGCCUAUUCUUCACCUGGAUAAUCUUCACCUCCCACACUGGAAAUGGUGGGUUCCUGUCCAAAUUACUGUCUUGGAGAGGGUUCCAAGUGUUUACACGCAUCUCCUACUCCUUCUACCUCACUCAAUUCCCUGUGUUUUUCUAUAAUGUGGGCCAGGUCCGUACGGCCGAGUAUUACUCCAUUCUUCAGCUGAUUAACAUCAAAGAGUUGAUCGUCAUCAUUCUAGCUUCUGCCACACUGACACUGACAUUUGAAAUGCCUUUCAUCGCCAUCAAGUCUGUGUUCAUCAAGAGAAGGCCGCAAACAAGGAUAGACAUAGCUCCACUAAAGACUGAAUAAUUAUAUGUAUCCAAAAUAUAGUUCUAGGUCACAUUAGACGGGACCGGAGGUUCUUAUAGUGUCGCACUAUCUAAUUCAUCACUUUAACACAAACAAAGAGUUUUUCUGAUGAAUUCCUUGUACAGCAACUCAUGCAUGUGAUCAUAUUGUGCUUUUUUUGACUCAAGACCAAUCUAUUUAUGUAAGAGAAGAUCUAUCAUGCACAAUUUGUUUUGCAUUGUGCAAAACAAUGUGUAGAAGUGACGUUUAAAAAUAUCACUUCGAUUUUUUUACAGCAGUUCACACAGAAGUAAAUGUCAGUGCAUUAUGUAUUUACAGUGUGCAAAAUUACAAAUGAUUGUUCACUUAAAUACAAGUACAAAGUAACAAUUAACUCAUGUACCCUUGCCUAAAGAGUUAAUGCUCCAGCAUUAUCGUUUGUAUAGUAGUAAAAAUGUAUUCCAACACACAGACAUAUAGUGGUUGUCUUAAAAAUUCAAUUUACAACCACAAUAUACAAUACACAUAUAAUAUUUUUGUACCAAAUAACAAAAUUUAAAAUUUUGCACUACAUGCGAACGUUCUUCUUCUUCCUUGAAUUAUAUUCUUUUCUAUAUGUUUUGUACAAUAUCUACUAGUCAGUAAAAUAGAUUUUUCUUUAAUUAACUAAGAAAUAAUAACUUCGCCACAUUGCAAAUGAAGAGAAGAUGGAAGGAUUUAGUAGUUUACACAUAAAAAACAUUAAAUUAGACUCACCUUGCUUCUGUAAUAAUUGUAUUUCAUACUUAUCCUUUUGGGAAUAACUAAAAACGUAUUGAAGACUCCACAAAAGUAAAGGAAUGCAGAGAAAUUACUUUUAGUUGAUUGGUUCUUAAAUACAAAAUUCUAGCAGAAGAUUGAUACAUAAACGUAUUUAAAAACUAAUUGAGACUUAUUAACAUAACUUUUAACACUUAUUAACAGUGCAUACAACUAAAGGGUUUUUAAAACGUAUCAUUUAACAUAAAAGUUAUGUUAAUAAGUCUCAAUUAGUUUUCAUAUACGUUCAUGUAUCAAUCUGCUG